AUGGCCGCACGGAGAGCGGCGCUUCAGGUGGUGGCGGUGGUCCUGCUGGCGCUGUGCGCGGGCGGCAUUGGCGCGUCGCCGGGGUGCCGGAAGCACGUGCGGAGGGUCACGGAGUACGGGGCGGUGGGGGACGGGAGGACGCUCAACACGGCGGCGUUCGCGCGGGCCGUGGCGGACCUGGGCAGGCGCGCGGGCGACGGCGGCGCGGCGCUGGUGGUGCCGGAGGGGCGGUGGCUCACGGGGCCCUUCAACCUCACCAGCCACUUCACCCUCUUCCUCCACCGCGGCGCCGAGAUCCUCGCCUCCCAGGACCUGGAAGACUGGCCGCUGAUAGCGCCGCUGCCGUCCUACGGGAGAGGGAGGGACGAGCCAGGCCCGAGGUACAGCAACUUCAUCGGCGGAUCCAACCUCACCGAUGUCACCAUCUCCGGUUACAAUGGCACCAUCAACGGGCAGGGGCAGGUGUGGUGGGACAAGUUCCACGCCAAGCAGCUCGACUACACGCGCGGCUACCUGCUCGAGCUCCUCUACUCCCGCGACAUCAUCAUCUCCAACGUCACCUUCGUCGACGCGCCCUCAUGGAACCUCCACCCCACCUACUGCACCAAUGUGACCAUCAGCGGCGUCACGAUCCUCGCGCCGGUCCACUCGCCAAACACCGACGGAAUCGACCCAGAUUCUUCGUCUCAUGUCAAGAUCGAGGACUGCUACAUCGUGUCCGGCGACGACUGCAUCGCCGUGAAGAGCGGCUGGGAUGAAUACGGCAUUAAGUUCAACAUGCCGAGCCAGCACAUCGUCGUCAGGAGGCUCACCUGCAUCUCCCCAACGAGCGCCAUGAUCGCGCUCGGCAGCGAGAUGUCGGGCGGCAUCCAGGACGUGCGCGUGGAGGACAACACCGCCAUCGACACCGAGUCGGCCGUCAGGAUCAAGUCCGGCGUGGGGAGGGGCGGCUUCGUCAGGGACGUCUUCGUGCGCCGCCUCAGCCUCCACACCAUGAAGUGGGUCUUCUGGAUGACCGGCAACUACGGCCAGCACCCCGACAACUCGUCAGACCCCAAGGCGCUGCCUGAGGUCACCGGCAUCAACUACCGCGACGUGUUCGCCGAGAACGUGACCAUGGCCGGCAGGAUGGAGGGCAUCCCCAACGACCCCUACACGGGGAUAUGCAUGUCCAACAUUACCGCCCAGCUCGCUCCCAAGGCCAAGAAGCUGCAAUGGAACUGCACCGACGUCCAAGGAGUGGCAUCCGGCGUCUCGCCGGAGCCGUGCCCAGAGCUUGGGGCAGAGGGCAAGCCCUGCACAUUCCCAGAGGAAGAGCUCGUCAUUGGUCCGCCAGAAUUGCCCAAAUGUACCUACUGA